ACCCAUAAUAAAAUAAACACAAAUAGCGAAAUAUCAGUAAAGGCUAAAUCUGUUCAUAUAUACCUCCGGAUUUACUUAGUCGCGCCCAGUAUAAAACAAUAGUUUACAUUGAAUUUGAUGUUACAUAACUGUGACAUAUAUAUGACUUUAAUAUAUAUCACUUUAUGUACUGGCUUUGCAAUAUCAAAACUAAAAGGUAAUGGAUUCUGGUCCGAAAGGUGCGUCUGCAUUUCGUGUUUUUAUAGUGACUUUAGUAAUUCUUGGGUUGACAUGCACUGGGCUGCUUAUAAGCCUACUUGUGACUUUACGGAGAGAAGGUGACGAGAAUUUUGAAACAGUUCCUUGUUCAAUUGACGAAAUAUUCAAAGAAGAUCUCGAAGCUGAAGUUCCGGGAGUUUUCGAUGACCUUACAAACAAUGAGAUAAAAGGACUUAAAAACUAUUUAUAUGAAAAAUCAGGGCUAGAUUUGGUACGCCCAUCAGCAAAUAAGAGCAACGCAAAUUACGUAUUUGUCGCUGAACUUUAUCUCCCUAACAAGGCAAAAGUUAUAGCACAUCUAGAUAACAAAGAGAAUCAGCCGGAAAGAGAGGCAAAGGUCAUCAUUAUUCGUGGCAAACAACCUAACACAGAGAUAAAUGAGCUGGUAGUGGGACCUCUACCAAAUGCCACAUACCAUAAGCCUCUACCGGGAAUCAAUGCAUCUUUGCCUUAUUUUUACAGACCAAUGACAGAAGCUGACUAUGGUUCAGUUACAAAAUCAAUAACUGACCAAGUUCAUGAACAGCUUGGAGAUCUAAUACAAACCUGUUAUGGAGCCAAGUUAAAAGACUGCGAAAACAAGUGCAUAGGGUUUUUAUACGCAUCUUCUUUCUCUCCUGCAUCGAGCGGUGAACAAAAGAGAAAGACCUGGUAUUGGCUUACGUAUGUUGUCGAAUAUUACACACUUCAUACUGUUGACUUUACUGUUUUGGCAAAUAUCAAGGAAACCGGUGUCGAGAUUGAAGUCGUUUGGUUUAAGGGUAACCAGUACAAAUCGAUGAAUGACCUUUCUUCGUUAUUUAGAAACAAAAGUGUGAAAUGUGUUCCACAGACAUUUCCUACGGUUGACAAAAACCUUUUCUCUACUCUGCAUAGGAGAGGGAAUAUACCUGAAACAGCAAAGAAUAAACGGAGCCCUGUUUUUGUACAACCUGACGGUCAGCGAUAUACAGUUAAAGGAAGACAUGUGAACUAUAUGCAGUGGUCAUUUGAUUUUCGUUUAUCCACAUCCUAUGGACCACAGGUAUAUGACAUUAAAUUUGGAAACGAACGCAUUAUUUAUGAAUUAGGCCUCCAAGAAAUAUCAGUAUUUUAUUCUGGAUACAGCCCCCAGCAACGUUUUUCUGACUUCUUAGAUUCCGUGGAACUUAUAGGACCAUCUGCACAGGGGCUCAUUCCUGGUGUAGAUUGUCCAAAUCACGCUACAUAUUAUAACACGAAGCAUAUAACAGAAACUUCCGAAACUGCUGACGUUACAAAAAAUGUCUUCUGCUUAUUUGAAUUAAAUACAGGAGAACCACUAAGAAGGCACCAUUCUUACUAUGAAUCCGAAGGUAAAUUCUACGAAGGCAUAGAGAAUGUGUUCUUAGUUCUAAGAACAAUCAUUACUGUUGCAAAUUAUGACUAUAUACUCGAUUUCCGGUUUUAUCAAAAUGGCGUCGUCGAAGUGAAGAGCAUGUCUACAGGUUUUGCAUUGACUAACGCUUUCUCAGAGAUGGAGAAAAAAUAUGGAUUCCAGUUACAUGACAAUAUUGUUGCCAGCUUUCAUACACACAUGUUUCAUUUUAAAGCCGAUUUGGACGUAAAAGGUCAAAACAAUAGAUACGAAACUAUAGAUAUUAAAACAGAGACUACACCAAAUGAAUUUUCAAGAAAAAUCAACUCUACAUAUAGCCAAGGAUAUCUUGAAAGAUCUUUAAAGCUCACAGAGAAAGAUGCAGCUUAUAAAUUUAAUUUUCAGACACCGAAAUAUCACAUAUUCUAUAACAAUAAGACAAGAGAUACAUACGGGAAUCCUCCAGCAUACAGACUCAUCCAUAAUGGUAUGGUCAAGCAAAUUAUUCCAGAAGGUCAUAAUAAGGAACCAUCAAUAAGUUGGGCGAGGUACCAGCAUGCUGUAACUAAACGGAAAGACACAGAAGCUCAUAGCAGUUCCAUGUACUCCAUGUUUGAUACAGAUAACCAGGUUGUCAACUUCCAGGGAUAUAUAGAUGAUGAUGAAAACAUCACGGACGAGGAUCUUGUCCUAUGGGUGACACUGGGUGCUCACCACAUACCUCACAAGGAAGAUCUUCCUCUGACAACUACAAUGGGCCUCUCACCAAGCUUCAUAUUACAACCGUAUAAUUAUUUUCCUGAAGACCCAGCUAUGGCCUCGCCAAACGCUGUACGAAUAGAGCCAAGGAAUUCAGGAGUUUACAUAGAACGAUAUGGCAUGUCAUAUGAACCGAAGAACAUUUGCGUCCCUAGAAAAACAAACUUUGAAAACAAAAUUAAGUCAGACACGGAACUCAUUUUUGAAAACUAACUUUUUAUGCCCCCGGCAUAAAGUGAUUGAACCGUCUGUUGGUCUGUCUACCUAUACUAAUGGCUUUAUACUUUACACACUUACUUAUCAACACAAAGUACAUGAUCUGGGCAAGUUACAUAACUUUGACUUCAUCAUUUUUACCAAGUUAUUGCCCUUUUCAGCACUUAGAAAAUGAAUAUUUGUUUAACCUUAAACGGCAAGUUGUAUAUAAAUAUCUAUACUAAUGGCUUCAUUAUUAUCAUUAUUACCACACUUACUUAUCAGA